CCUGAAGUGCAGUCGGGUUCUUCUGAUUGGCUGGCGCGCUUUGUCUCCUUUCGAGGACCGCCUCCUGCCUCCUGCCUUCGUGCUGCGGAUAGAUCAUGGCCCUGAGGGCAUGUGGCUUGAUCAUCUUCCGAAGACACCUUAUUCCCAAGGUGGACAACACAACAAUUGAAUUUCUGCUGCUGCAGGCAUCAGACGGCAUUCAUCACUGGACUCCUCCCAAAGGCCACGUGGACCCCGGCGAGAAUGACUUAGAAACAGCCCUGAGAGAGACUCAGGAGGAAACAGGCAUAGAAGCAAGCCAGCUGACCGUCCUUGAGGGGUUCAGAAGGGAGCUCAAUUAUGUGGCGAGGAAGAAGCCUAAAACAGUCAUUUACUGGCUAGCAGAAGUGAAAGACUAUGAUGUAGAGAUCCGCCUCUCCCAGGAGCAUCAAGCCUACCGCUGGCUAGGGCUGGAUGAGGCCUGCCAGUUGGCUCAGUUCGAGGAGAUGAAGGCAACGCUCCAAGAAGGACACCAGUUUCUCUGCUCCACACCGGCCUGAGCUGACCAGAACAAAUGCUUCCAUGGCAUCCUUACGGGUUUUUGAGAUGAGCCUACCCUUUCCAUCCAGGGAAGGAUGCGCUGGCCUUGGGCUUGCUACAGCCGAGAGCAGAUAGGUUAGUGAAAUUAAAUAACUCCACACUCAGCCAGGAAGCCCUGGAUCCAAUCCCUAGCAUAGAAAAUAAUUACUUUAAAAAGAAGAGCAAGGGGGUUGGGGAUUUAGCUCAGUGGUAGAGCACUUGCCUAGCGAGCGCAAGGCCCUGGGUUCGGUCCCCAGCUCCGGAAAAAAAAAAAAAAAAAAAGAGCAAGGAAGACGGAUUUUAGCAAAGGAGGGGUACAGUCCUUAAAAUGCCAGCCCUAAAGUACCUCUUUAUCAUUUAUAAAUAAACUUCAAGCAACUUACAUGCCCUUU